AGGAUUCCUCAGGAAAUAUGGGGGCUUCAUGUUCAAGCAAUGGAAGGAAAAGUAUCUGCUGUUGACGGUGGAAGGACAUUUGAUGGUGUGCAAAGAUGCAGAUUCACCACCUGACCAAGUGGUUGCGCUUCAGAGUAACUGUGAGUCCAUUGUGGAAGGUAAAGAAAUCCUGGACUUGCCGCGUUUGCCCCCUGGAGGCCGCAGAGACAGCUGCUUUGCCCUCAUCCUGCCCCAAGACAAAUUCCUCCUUCUGCUCUCAGACAGCCCUGAUGAGUACAGUCAAUGGCUGAAGUUACUAAGGAAGGUGAAGGAGGGUGUGACAUCACCGCUUGCGCUGAAGAGGCAGCAGAGCAUCACGCCCUGCAUUACAGACAGAGAGCCGCUUCCAGAUAUGUCCAGUGAUAAUGACCCCUCAUCCCCCCACCUCAGCGACAAGGCCAUGAACUCCCCACAUGUUCGCUCCAGAGAAAACUCCUUCAGACACAGAGGCAGCAUAAACCAGCGCCCUCCCCGCAGCCCCACUAUAGCUCCACCCCUUCGAUCUGCAGACUGUCUGCGCCAUGGAAACAGCAGUGAUGCACGGGCGGUGAGGGCGGUGUGUCUUCUGAUGGGCGGGGCAGCUGCAUCCUCAGCGCUGGGUUACCUGAGCUCCUGUCCACCCGGCUCCUCUAACAUGGCUGUCCAUGCUCCCGACAUGACCCAUUCAACAGCUUUCUCUGAGAUGGGUGGAGGCAGUCCUUACCAUACCUGCAGUCAGGCCAUAGAGUCGCCACAUUUUAACAGCUUCGAUUUUGAAGGGGACUCUGAUUUUGAUGCUUUUGACUGUGGAGGGUUUGCCUUUUAAUGGAGUUAAUUUAGAGAAAUAGGUUUGACUUUUAACCACAGGGUCCCCACGGUUAUGGA